AUGCCGUCAGAAAUGCUGGAAGAGUCUACCUGCAGCACGAACUGCAGCGACGUAAAAUCGCAGCUACCCGUCCCCUCCGCCGCCAUGUUCCUCGCCUCCAUUCCGCUCACAUAUUUUGUUUUCCUACCGAUCCUAAGCCGCCUAGUCGGAGCUAUUCUAGCAUGGUACUUGCGGAGGAGGUCCUCCGGCCGCAAGGCGCUCCUGCUCACCUUAAAACACGAAGACCAACGACGAUUCCAAAAGGAGAAGACUCGAGCUGCGCAGACCGGCGCCGAUGAGGAAGGAUGGGAGAAGAUAAAGUUGCAAAUCACACCCUCGUCAGGGAACGGAGAAAAGGCGCGGAAGGACUGGGAUGGGAUCGUCGGUUUCUUUCACCCCUUUUGCAAUGCGGGCGGUGGCGGAGAACGAGUGCUCUGGGCUGCGAUUAGGGCCACACAGCUACGAUGGCCUAACGCCUUGUGCGUGGUAUAUACUGGGGACCAGGAGAUGUCGAAGGAUGCGUUGCUCUCGAGAGUAAAGAACCGUUUCAACAUCGAUCUCCACGCUCCCACCGUCGCCUUCGUCUACCUCUCGACCCGCGACUGGGUACUUGCCUCCACCUGGCCCCGAUUCACCCUCGUAGGCCAAUCCAUCGGUUCUCUGAUUAUGGCCUGGGACGCCUUCCACCUAGUAGUGCCCGAUAUCUUCAUCGACACCAUGGGAUAUGCCUUCGCGCAGGGUUUCUCCAAGUUCCUCUUUAGGCGCAUGCCGACAUGUGCCUACGUACACUACCCCACCAUCUCCACCGACAUGCUCGAAUCCCUCGACCCCUCCUCGCCCCUCGGAAGUCGGGGCUUGAAUGCGGGACAAGGCACAGGUAUUCGUGGCCAGUUGAAAAAGGCCUAUUGGCAGCUCUUCGCCGCCCUCUACUCGAGAGUUGGGUCCACCAUCGACGUUGUCAUGACGAACUCGACCUGGACUCAGGCUCAUAUCAAACUUCUCUGGGGGCCAUAUCGCAGCCAGAAGACAAAGGCCGAGCCCAUAACCGUCGUCUACCCCCCUGUCGCCGUCAAGGAGCUCGAGGACGCUAUUGAAGUGACUCCCGAGACCGAGAAGAAGCGCGAGAAGAUUAUAUUAUCCAUCGCCCAGUUCCGACCGGAAAAGGAUCACACGCACAUUAUUCAGUCCUUUGCCAGGUUUGCCAAAUCUGGCUCACCUACUGCUCAAGGCGCACGGCUUGUCCUUGUAGGAAGUGUGAGGGAUGACGGUGACUCGAAGCGCGUCUAUCAGCUGCGCUUGCUUGUCAACGAACUCAAUAUCAAGGACCGUGUCCAGUUCCACCUCGAUGCCUCGUGGCCCGAGGUGCUGGACUGGCUGAGGAGGGCCUCUGUGGGUGUGAACGGCAUGUGGAACGAGCACUUUGGCAUCGGUGUCGUGGAAUACCAGGCCGCAGGUCUUAUCUCUGUGGUUCAUAGUAGUGGUGGUCCCAAGCUGGACAUCGUCGUUGACAUCGACGGUGAGCCGACUGGUUACCACGCUACCACUGAAGAAGAAUUUGCAGAAGGCUUUGAGAAGGCCCUCUCCCACCCUAACCCACUUGCAGUUCGCCAACGAGCCCAAAAAUCAGCUCUCCGCUUCACAGAAGAGGAGUUUGCCAAGAAGUGGACAGAGCAGAUGGAGAAGCUCGUGGUCAUGGUUGCCUGA